AUGUGCGUGAGCAGGAAGGGAUCCCAAUGCAGACAAACAGGACUUGUGAUGAGCAAUGCAGCUGACAGAAUCGGCGUCUCGCACUCCUUCAACGUGGGCACCGCGGGGGCCAAAAUUUUCAGCGGGUCACCUGUCGAGGAGUUUGGCUACACGGUCCAACAGGCUGCCAACCAUGAGGGAAAAUGGCUUCUGGUUGGCGCUCCUUGGAGUGGUUAUGCUGAAAACAGGAAGGGGGGCUUGUACAGGUGUCCGGUGUCAGGAUCCAGAACCAACUGCGACAAGCUCAACCUUGAAGAUUCAGUUAAUAUCCCGGACGUGACGAACAUCAACGUCAACAUGUCUCUCGGCAUGACCCUGACGCGCAUGCCUGCAGUCAACGGUUUGAUGGUGUGUGGCCCUCUUUGGGCACAGAAAUGCGGUGAUCAAAACUUCUAUCCUGGAAUAUGCUCAAGACUGAGCCCCCUCUUUCAACCUCAACCUGCCUUCGCUCCAGCUGUUCAAACCUGCGGUGGGCCAAUGGACAUUGUGAUCGUACUGGAUGGCUCUAAUAGCAUCUAUCCUUGGGCUCCGAUGAGGGAGUUCAUCGAGAAACUCUUACCAACCCUCGAAAUUGGACCGCAAAAUACCCAGGUUAGUGUCAUUCAGUAUGCUGUGGAUGCCAAGGUUGAAUUCUCACUGAAUCAGUACAAAACCAGAGCUGAACUAUUGCAAGCUGCAUCCAAACUCACACAAAUGCAAGGCUCCUCUACCAAUACAUUCCACGCCAUUCAAUAUGCUAGUCAGUGGGGUUUCAAUCCAGUUUACGGAGCCCGCCCGAGCGCUUCCAAGGUGAUGGUGGUGGUCACUGACGGCGAGUCCCAUGACCAAGCCUUCAGAGAUGAUGUCAUCGCUGAAUGUGAAAAGCAAGGAAUCACACGCUUCGGUAUCGCUGUGCUCGGUUACUACACCAGGAACAACAUCGACACUGAAAAUCUCAUCAAAGAAAUCAAGUCCAUUGCCAGCGCGCCCACGGAAAAUUACUUCUUCAACGUCUCUGAAGAAGCUGCCCUGUCUAACAUUGCCGGAACGCUGGGCAACCGUAUCUUCAACAUCGAAGGCACAGGAAAGGGGGGCGACAAUUUCAAAAUGGAAAUGUCCCAGGUCGGCUUCAGCGCUCAAUUUUCUGCCAAAAAGGACAUGAUGAUGUUGGGAGCAGUGGGAGCUUACGGUUGGGCCGGGACCGUCGUCCAUCAGACGGGCUCCACAGUAGAUGUACUCCCCGUCUCAGCCUUUGAGGGAACACUUCAAGAUAGAAACCACAGCUCCUUAUUGGGUUACUCUGUCAGCAUUCUGAGCGAUGGCAGCACAGAAUAUUUUGUGGCCGGAGCGCCUCGCUCCAACCACUCGGGACAAGUCAUCGUUUACAGGUUCAACGCCCAGAAGCAAUUCACGAUCAUCGAUUCUGAGAGAGGAAAACAGAUCGGAGCUUAUUUUGGCAGCGUCCUGUGUUCGCUGGAUGUGGACAAAGACGGGGUGACGGACCUGCUGCUGGUUGGGGCGCCCAUGUUUAUGAGCGAGCAAAAGAGGGAGCAAGGCCGUGUUUAUCUCUUCACCGUCACCAAGGGCAUCCUGAACGAGCAAGGAUUCCUCAAAGGGUCUCCUCCGACUGAGAACGCGCGUUUUGGGAUGGCCAUGUCGGCCGUUCCCGACUUGGAUCUUGACGGUUUCAAUGACAUUGUGGUCGGAGCGCCCCUAGAGGACAAAGGAAGAGGUGUCAUCUACAUCUACAACGGGAGGGAGAAGACAUUGGACAAGCAGUUCUCACAGAGAAUACUUGGCUCUAAAAUGGACCCUCAAGUGAACUUUUUUGGAAGAUCCCUCGAUAGCUACAAAGAUUUAAACGAUGACACGCUCACUGAUAUCUCAGUGGGGUCACAUGGAAAAGUGGUCCAACUCUGGUCCCGUGGAGUAGCCACAAUCUCAGCCACGGCUUCUUUCAAACCUGAAAAGAUCAACAUUUUCAGCAAACCUUGUGACGUCAGUGGACGCAAAAUGACGUGUUUCAACACCGCCCUGUGUUUCAGUGCUAUUUUCAGGCCUAAAAAUCCUGUUGGACCCAUUGAUUUCUCCUAUACGUUGACUCUGGACGCCGAUUUGCAGGCUUCGCGUGUCACCUCAAGGGGGCUUUUCAUGAAAAACAAUGAGCGUUUGCUUACGGGGAACGCCAAGAUAUCAUCUAGUGUGCACUGUGAAGACGUACAAGUCUACGUACAGGAGACACCCGAUUUUGUCAAUUCCCUCAGUCUGAAGGUGGAAAUCGAACAGGAGAAUGCUGACGCCAACCCGGUCCUUGACAUUUUCUCUACGACUGCCUGGGAAUUCUUUAUACCCUUCACCAAAGACUGUGGCUCUGAUGAGGUAUGUGUCAGUGAUCUAGUGCUGAGCGUGAAGACGGACACUAAAGGUUCCAGCUCAGCUCCUUUUCUGGUCAGCGCCAAUAAGCGAGAGCUGUCGUUCGAGGUCACAGUGAAGAACAAAAAGGAAAAUGCUUAUAACACUCAAGUGUUGGCCACGUAUUCAGGCAACCUUUUCUACUCAUCAGUAUUUCCUCCUACAGAGGGAGUAAAAUGCACCUCGACGCAAGAGCAAACAGUUGUUUGCCAAGUGGGAUACCCAGCCUUGAAAAAAGACCAAAUGAUGAAAUUCAACCUCAAUUUCGAAUACAACCGCAACAAUCCGUUGAAUAAAGCCAAGGUCAAGUUUGAGGCUAAAAGUGACAGUAAAGAGUACGUCCCCUCAGACAACCGAGUGGAUGUGUCCAUUCCUCUUCAGUAUGAUGCGGGCAUCGUUUUAUCCAGGAAAUCAAACAUCAAUUUCUAUGUUGCAAAUUCGACCACUGCACCAGAAACAACGGUGAAAAUGUUGGAUGACAUCGGACCGGAGUUUAACUUCACUGUGAAGGUUUCAACAGGCAACUUCCCAGUCAGCCUCCUAUAUCUGACCAUCUCUUUGCCAGUCAGCACCAAAGGAGGAAACCCACUCCUGUAUCUCAUCAGCGUGGACACACAAGUUGGCGGUUCACUCAGCUGUGAUACCAACGGCCUGGUGGACCCACUGAGUAUCGGCGUCAAGGACUACCAAGCGUCUUUCACUGAGGAGAGUCUCCGAGGCAUCGACAAGCUGGAUUGCCAAAGCGCAAAGUGCGAGCGUAUCAAAUGUCUUCUCAAAGACGCUGAUGUCACGACCGACUACUAUGUGAAAGUUAAAACAAGGAUUUGGAGUGGGACCUUUAUUACGGCGGUCUAUCAGACCACUGAGCUGAUCUCCACUGUGGAUGUCGAGAGCUCCAACCCGGAUUUAUUCAUCAUCCGGCUAAAAGAGCUGCCGGUGGUGGUCACAGUCAGCAAACCGGGAGCGAAAGGUGACGUUCCGGUGGGAGUGAUUGUUGGCAGCGUGAUUGGUGGACUGGCACUGCUGGGCGUGGCUGUUGCGCUGCUGUGGAAGUUUGGAUUUUUCAAACGGAAAUACCAGCAGCUUCAAAGGGAUGGCGAUGCACAGGAUGAGGUGUUGUGA